CAGUUUUUUUGCAGAAGCCAGCUCCAAAAAGACCCUACUUAACUGGCUCUGCAAGGUAGCUUUUCUGGCUGCCCUUAAAAACAUUCCAGACUCUCAGAACAACUUACUUAGUUCUGUUUCAACUGUUUAAAAAGUGUUUGAUGUCUAGGUUUUUUACUUUUUUCCUAAGGUUUCCUAUGCGCGACCAAGCUCAGCUUCUAUCAGAGAUGCAAAUUUGUAUGUUAGUGGACUUCCAAAAACCAUGACCCAGAAGGAACUGGAACAGCUCUUUUCCCAUUAUGGACGCAUUAUUACUUCUCGUAUUCUGGUUGAUCAAGUCUCAGGAGCAUCAAGGGGUGUAGGGUUUAUCCGGUUCGACAAGCGAAUUGAAGCAGAAGAAGCUAUCAAGGGCUUGAAUGGCCAGAAGCCUCCAGGUGCCACAGAGCCCAUCACUGUAAAGUUUGCUAACAAUCCAAGCCAAAAAACCAGUCAGGCUAUCCUUUCCCAGCUGUACCAUUCUUCAAAUAGAAGGUAUCCAGCACCUCUGGCUCAGCAGGCUCAACGUUUUAGGUUGGACAAUCUGCUCAAUAUGGCUUAUGGAGUAAAGAGGUUUCCUCCAGUGACCAUUGAUGGAAUGACCAGUUUGGCUGGAAUUAAUAUCCCUGGACAUGCAGGAACUGGAUGGUGCAUUUUUGUAUACAACUUGGCCCCUGAUGCUGAUGAGAGUAUCCUCUGGCAAAUGUUUGGACCCUUUGGAGCCGUAACCAAUGUGAAAGUCAUCCGUGACUUUAACACCAACAAGUGCAAAGGUUUUGGAUUUGUGACUAUGACAAACUAUGAUGAGGCAGCUAUGGCAAUAGCUAGCCUGAAUGGAUAUCGCCUUGGGGACAGAGUAUUGCAGGUCUCCUUCAAAACAAACAAAACACACAAAGCCUAAAAAGUUAUUCUCAGUGCAUUAACACAUGAAAAACUAUACAACAAAGGCAGUUUACAAGAUGCUUUAUGAAUUCGUAAAUGCCUUUGUUGUAUGUCAGUGUGGAAAUGGGGAUAAAAUGACUACUUAGCAUCCUAAGAAUAUGUGAGAUUUUUUAUUGCUAAUAUUUGAAUUAAAACUUCUUAAAUAUCUUUUGUGUUUGAAUAUUGACAAGAGAUACAGGGUUUUUACCUGUCACAAUGCAUAUUCUAUUACCUUCUUUGAAGAAGGUGGACCUUCUGAAAUGUUUCAGUUAAGGAAAGAAGUUGUUUUUUGGUUUAUUGUUUUUUUUUUUACAUGACUGCCUUCAACCUAUGAGCAAAUAGUGAGGCUUUGUGAUUUAUUUUGUUACUUUUUUAUUUGCCUUGUGUUUAAUUUACAGUUUAGUGCAUUACUGUUUCGUUGUUUAGUAAAAGUAUUUGAAGUUUACUGUUUAUUUAUAAAGUUAUAAGCAGUAUUUAUUUUAUAAUGAUCAUUUGGGUUGGGGAGUGGGAACACAUUAUAAAAAGCUUAUUGUAAGAAUACUGGAGAACUUUUCGUAAAGCAGUACCUUGCCAAAGAGAUAAGAGCCUCUUUGAUGUGGGUUUAAAAAAGCAUCUAUUUUUAUAAAAAAAGGAAAAAAAAAAAUUUGGAGAAACUUUUUACUGGUCCUGGAACAAAUAUUUUGACUUGAAUACUUUGAAAAAUCUCUUCAUAUGACACCUAAUGAGCUUUCAAAACUUACCAGGAAAUUUGCAAUUGCUGGGGAAAAUUUAGAAAGAUUUAUGGUGUAGAGAUACUUUUGAGACCUUUGUCUUAAGACGUAGAGUCAAUGGGAUGCACUGUUGGUUUCAUUUUUGUAAUCAUCAGUGGAGUCUUGGAUCAUCCUGGUUAAGUGAUAGGUGGCUCACAUUAAUUUGUGAUUUUGAAACAAAUUAAAAUUUAAAUAAUAUAAGAGCAAGCAGGAAACUUAAAAUACUGAGAAAUGGGGAAAAAAAAAUCUGUUCUUCCUAAAGAAUUCCCUUCAGAUGGAGCUCAUGGUGUUUAGUGAUGUACUUGCUAUUGUUUGAAGAAUUGUUUUGUCUUAAGAAGAGACAUUGAGCAUGGUUUGCGCAGUAGCAAAUCAGCAGAAGUGGCCUAAGUUGGGUAUGUUUGGAGGUAUUUUGAAAGUUAUAUUCAAGGCUAGCACCUGAGCUUUGUGUAAUGUAAAUAAGACCUUGAGUUAUGAACCUUUCAGCUAAUUUUGAUUUUAGUUUAUUUUUCAAGUUACAUGCCAAGUGAUGCUCAAUUCUGAAUGUUUUUGUAUUGAGUUUUUUCUUUGUAAAUGGCAUUAACAUUGUUACUUGAGGUCUGCUUAUUCAUUUUUUGUUGUCCUGAGGACUUGAAUUUACAGUGCAUCAGAUCUGUUGCUAUUUUUGUCUGUAGAUAGUCUAGCUUCAGCUGUUUAUGGUGAUGCUACAUUUUUGUUUAUAAAUAUGUUUGUGAUUAAAAAUGAGUAUAGUCAUAGGUUUUGAAAUUUCCUUGCAUUUUUCAUACAAAACCCAUAACACCUGUAUACUACUGAAAUUUAACUUUGUAUGAUACUUAAAUCAUUAUUUGGGGAAAUAUAAAAAAUCUUUACCAUGUAUUGAAGAAAUUUAAGGAAAAAAUACAGAAUAUUUUCUAAUUAGCAUCUAGCUUAUAAUUAAAUUUUUAAAACUGAGGGUUUGAUGCCUUCACCAGGAUGCACUGACAAUUCCAUAGUUACGUCCUGCUUUUUGUAUAAACUGAGAUGCUCAUAUGCUUCCCCUUAGAAAACGCAAUGUUCUAUGCAUAACAUAGUUGUACACUAUCUUUGCAGUUGCUUUUGGUUCUUAUUCUUUUAAACUGUAGCUAUGAAUUUUUCAGUAUAGUACAGUACAUAUACUGUGAAGUGCGUGCUAAAGUGAAUAAGCGAGUUUUCAUGCUGACCCACUCAAUGCUAUUCAAAACUCAAUUGGCUUCCUGAGCACUUCCUCAUUCUUAGGUGCAUUUAGAUUGUUAAAGCUAAUCCUGUGCAUUAAAAAUUGUAUAUACUGUAGAAAUCACAAACUUUCGAGUGUGGGGAAAACAGUAGCUACAUGCUUCUUUCCUAUACUACUGUAGCAACCAAUGGCAUUGAUGAGAAGGCGUGUAAAUUGGGCUUCACUUUACAGUGUUUAUCAGAGCACUUAGUAAAAUAUAAGGCUGGUAUUUAUUUGAAGUUGUAUAGUAUGACUUAAUUCACAUCUGUUGGAAUAGAAGAUAUAUUCUGUUGAGUAUUUAAGAGGUUGUACAUGUUUUCUUUUGUGUUUGGAUCCUUUGUACUUUUUCAUGUUCAGUACAUCAAUAAACAAAGUUGAAGGGAA